CCUAUAAAUACUUCAAGUUUGCUGAUACACGCAUUAGUACGCAAGGAACGUAGAGGAAAAAUCUAACUUCAGUUUUAAAUUUUUUAGUUUUUGUGGACUUAAGGUAGGUGAAAUAUAGCUGGAUAAUUCGGAACCGGGUAACUAUCCUACACAUUUUAGAAAAAAAAAAUCUAAGCCGAACAAGAACGAAAAUGGGAUUAUCUUUCUAUGUCGCUGUUUUGACCCUCUGCGCAAGUGCGUGCGCAAUUAACACCACGAUCAACCAAUACGCUGGGACCGACGGGAAUGUCUACUACUAUACUCCAGUCUACUGCAGUAGUUCUGGGAGCUUGCUCCAGCCCGCCUACUACGCCAGUCUACGUAGUACCUACACGAUCAGGUACGGCAUUGAUUGCUGUUACCUGAACAGUUCCAGGAACCAGUGCUGUAUGCAGGUGGACAGCAAAGGUAACCAGACAUGUCGCUGCAGCACAUCCGUGCUCUGUGGACUUGAACCCAGGAUACAGACCACCACAGCCGAGCCCACUACCGAAUCGACCACCACCACCACCACCACCACUACUACACCUGAACCCACGACCACAACCACAACCCCGACCACAACCCCGACCACAACAGUAACGACCACGCCUACAACCACCGUCCCUCCCUCCCUGUGUCAAACAUCGUACCGUAUACUGAACGGCAUCCCCGUCAGCAACGACUGCUCCUUUGAGAGUAUCGCCAACAUCACCACCAAAAAUGGCGCCGUCAUGUCCUGCAACGCUGUCCUGGCUACAGCAACAGUCAACGGCAUCCUGAGGAGGACAUUUGUCACAACAACACUUUGCACAAACAUAAUCGGAGCUGGAGCCGUACCAAAAUUUGAUAACUGA